AUGAAAAAAUAUGGGAUAACCCAUAAGAUUUCCACUCCAUACCAUCCACAGACAAAUGGCCAAGCAGAACUUGCAAACAAGGAAAUUAAGCAAAUUUUGGAAAAGACGGUGAAUCCAACCUGGAAGGAUUGGUCAUUGAGACUAACUGAUGCCUUCUGGGCAUAUGGUACUGCAUACAAAUCACCUCUUGUUUUCCCAUAUGGGACUGUUGAAGUUGAGGAUCCCAAGAAUGGAAAUAUUUUUAAGGUUAAUGGCCAACGACUUAAACCUUACUUGGGGAGAUGUGUUCCAGAAGAUGAGACAGUUUCUUUGAACGAACCUGUUUACCAGGAUUGA